GGCUCCGCACACCGCAUAACAAUAUUCUUGUACCUAUCUGUUGUAACGAAACCUGCGACAUUAUAAAUAUAAGUGGCGGCCAGCCGCGCCACAGACGUGUGUUGCUGACGGACGCCAUAGCUUGUGCGAAAACGCGGGAAAGUUUGACGUUUCACACGGACUGAGACCGCCAUGUUUGUUUUGAAGAUAGCGAUAUUUUGCGCAGCGUGGCUGCUGGUCAACUCCCAGCAGGGUCCCACCACAACACCAGUGCCCAUCUUGAAACAGAUCAACAGGCAGAACGAUGAUGGCUCCUACAGUUAUGGAUAUGAAGCAGCCGAUGGGUCCUUUAAGAUCGAGACCAAAUACCCUAACGGUGAUGUCGCCGGCAAGUACGGAUAUGUGGACGAGACUGGCAAGCUGAGGGAGAUAUCGUAUGGAGCGAGCAGCAAACGAGGAUUUGAACCUCAAGGUGCAGGGAUCAUGGUCCCGCCGCCGACCCUCAACGAACAAAACACCAACGCGCUGACAGAUGGGCAAGAAGACGACGGGCAGUACCGAGAGGACCCGAAGAUCUACGAAGACCCCAAGUACAACGGCAAGAGCCAGAACAGGCCUGCUCUUAGACAGUACCACCGCCCGGCGCAGGCUGAACCCCAGUACCAACAAUACCAAUCCCAGCCAGCUUACCAACCUCAGCCAACUUAUCAACCUCAGCCAGCUUACCAAUCUCAGCCAACUUAUCAACCUCAGCCAACCUACCAGCCACAGACCACGUACCGUUCAAGUCCUCUGUACACUCAGCAAACCAGUCUCUUCAACCAACAACCACAAUACAAUCAGGAUAUCAGACCACAAAGUCAAAUUUAUCACCAACAACCCCAGUUCUCAUACCGGGCGUUCACCUCACAACCCUACCAGAACCAGUACAGUCAACAGCAAAGUUUCAACCCCCAGAACUUCAACCCCUUCAACGGUCAUCCCGCUCAGAAUUUCGACCCUAACACUGGCUCCUAUUCGAUUAACUUUACAGGUUAAAUUGUUUAAUUAGGAACAUUUUUAUAUAAUAAUUUUUAUACAAAUGUUAUUUUUAUGGGUUAAUCAAACCAUAGCUAAUAACUUGUACACGAUUUUUUUUUAUAUUUUUGUAAAUAUUAUUAUGAAUUAAAUAUUAUUUUAGUGCUAGUCAACUUUAUUGAAUUUUAUGCAAUUAUAAAUACGUAGCUUUAAUUUAUCUUUUAUAUUUUAAUUGAAUCUUUGUAAAUAUAUAAAUUUUGUAAUACAAGAAAUGUGUAUUUU